GAGCGUCGUGUUUUUGUUUUGCUUUCAUUUGUGGGGCCUUUUUUUCUUAACCCCCCCCUUAAAAAAAGUAUUACCUCCUCCAAGCUGCGGCCACCACAAGUGUGAAGAUAGCGAUAGCCGCCCUGUCGGCCACGAUGCGCGGCGACGAGUCGUCCGAUUCAGAGUCGGGCCGAAUGGAGGAGAGCGUCGCGCGGAGGAGUUUGGAAACGCUGUGUCAGGAGCUCAACAUGGACGAGCGCACGGCCACCGAAGCCAUGGACAACUUCACGACCAUCUGGAACACGUACACGCUGGAGGGUGAGGUAGUGCACUGGCUGGCCUGCUCGCUGUAUGCUGCCUGCAGGAAAGGAAGCACACCCACGGUGGGCAAAGGCCUGAUGGAGGGAAACUGUGUGUCGCUCACCAGGAUACUGCGCACCGCCAAACUCAGCCUGAUCGAGUUCUUCUCCAAGAUGCGCAAGUGGUCCGACAUGUCCAACCUGUGCGAGAACUUCCGUGUGCGCAUGGAGCGCCUGGAGCGCAACUUUGAGGUUUCCACUGUCAUCUUCCGCAAGUUCCAGCCCAUCUUUGCUGCCAUGUUUCGCAGCCCGCAUGGCUCCGAGGCGCCACCUCCUCUGCCGCGCCAGGCCCGCGGCCGGAAGCACCGCCGGCUGCCCUGUCACUCUGCCGACGUCUUCAAGUUCUGCUGGACACUCUUUGUCUACACCAAAGGUAACUUUCACAUGAUCGGAGAUGACCUGGUGAACUCAUACCACCUGCUGCUGUGCUGUCUUGACCUGGUCUUUGGAAAUGCGCUGAUGUGCGCCAACAGGAAGGACCUCAUCAACCCCGCCUUCAUCGGCACAUCGGGGGACGAAGUCCAGGCGUGCGCCGACGAGGCGUCUCCAUGCGUGUUGGAGAGAUUGUGCGAACUUCACGACGGCCUGGUGGUGGAAGCCAAAGGCAUCAAGCAACACUACUUCAGGCCUUACAUGCACAAGCUCUUCCGCAAACAGAUCCUGAAGGGCAACGAGAAUCUUCUGACCGAACUUUUGGAUCCCCACAACUUUAUUGACAACAGCAAAGCGCUCAACCGCCAGUAUGAGGAGUACGUCUUGACAGUGGGAGACUUUGACGAGCGCAUCUUCCUGGACGCCGACGCCGAUGAGGAAAUCGGAACGCCCAGAAAAAGUUUCCAGCCGCCAGCUGCCGCGGGCACAAGCAUGGGACAGGCCACCGCCGCUCAGACGCAGCUGCAGCAUCACAUGGAGAAGACGGCCUCUCUGGCGCCUUCUACGCCUCUGACCGGUCGCGCCUACCUAAAGGAGAAGGAUGUGCCGGUGACGCCCGUGUCGUCGGCCACGCAGAGCGUCAGUCGUCUUCAGAGCAUGGUGGCCGGGCUCAGGGGGGCGCCCAGUGAGCAGCUGCUGCACAUCUUCAAGUCGUGCUCCAGAGACCCCACGGAGUCCAUUGUGAACCGGGUGAAGGCGUUGGGACACACCUUCAAAAAAGAGUACACAGACGACGCGGAUCACUCUUCAGGGUCGCACAUCGACUUUGCUGAGAGUCGCCUGAAGCUAGCCGAGAUUCUCUUCUACAAAGUUCUGGAGAACGUCUUGGUGCAGGAGACCAAGAGGCUGCAAGGAAAAGACAUGAGUGCUCUACUGGAGCAGGACAUCUUCCACUGCUCUCUUCUGGCCUGCUGCCUGGAGGUGGUUUUGUUCUGCUACAGCUCCCAGCGGACUUUCCCAUGGAUCCUCGACGUCUUCAAGCUGGCCCCAUUCUACUUCUUCAAGGUGAUCGAGGUGUUCAUCCGCUCCGAGGAAGGCCUGUCCCGAGACAUGGUCAAGCAUCUGAACCUGAUCGAGGAGCAGGUGCUGGAGAGUCGGGCGUGGACAGCAGACUCCGCCCUGUGGAAUGCCUUGAGCGCCGCCGGCAAUAAGGUGCCCUCCGUCGAAGAGGUUAAUUUCCCGUCCAGUCUGGACUCUAGCAGUUCUGCUUCCACUGGCAGCGCCCAGUCCCACCUGCCCCUGGUGGCGCUGUCGCCCAUCGUACAUCCUCGCAUCCAAGAGGUCCGAUCUGGAGUGGGCAGCAUGCGCAAAGAAGUUCCACCGUCUCCACUAUCGGUGCACGACCGCUACAGCUCUCCGGCCGCCGGCAGUGCUAAGCGUCGUCUGUUCGGCGACGACCCGCCGGCCUCCGUGACGGCGAGCGGCCCUGUUGCGUCUCCCACCAAACGCCUGACACUCAGCUCAGCCGGCACCCUGAAGAUCGGCCCCCAGGCGGGCCAGACGGCCGUGCUCAGCAUACCGCUGCAAGGAGGCGGCAGCGAGCACACCAUCACGCUGAUCCCCGUCCAGCCGUGCGACCCGACGGCCGGCGGCCCCACUCAAUACUUGCUGACGGCCUCGCCCGGCCGCCCCCUUCCGCCACCUGUUGCGGAGGCCCAGCCGGCGUACGGCCGGCCGCAGCGCACCGGAUCCCUGGCGCUUUUCUUCCGCAAGGUGUAUCACCUGGCUAGCGUGCGGCUUCGCGAUCUAUGCGCCCGACUGGACAUUUCGUGCGAGCUGCGCGCUAAGAUCUGGACGGCCUUUGAACACGCUCUGCUUCACGCCGCCGAACUCAUGAGGGACCGACACCUGGACCAGAUGUUGCUCUGCAGCGUCUACAUUAUUGCCGAACAGAUUUCUAAGGAGGAGCACACCUUCCAGGACAUCAUAAAGUGUUACCGCAGCCAACCGCAGGCCAGCAGCCAUGUGUACCGCAGCGUCCUUCUUCAUCGCACGCCCAGCCACCGGGUGGCGCCGUCUGAUGAGAACAUGGAGGUCGACCCUGCAUCGGAAGCAGAUUCUGCCGAGAAGACGCAAGCGGGCAAGGAGGAACGCGGCGACUUGAUCCAGUUUUACAACGACGUCUACGUGCUCAAGAUGGAAAGAUUUGCUAUGAGAUACGCUGCGCAUGACAACAGAAUGCCCGUGUCACCGUUCCCAUCAGUGCGUUGCCACCCACCGUCUCCUCGUCGAGUGUCUCAGCGUCAUUGCGUUUACGUGUCGCCUCACAAAGCGUCGAGGGGAGGCCUGGCGCCAAACUCUUUCACUUUCCGCAUCAACAGCAGCCCCUCCAAGGAUCUGUCCGACAUCAACCGUAUGCUGCGGCAAGGUUGCAACGGCCGCAAGAGAGCCCUUGGCAUGGAGAGUGAGCUGAUGAUGUCAGUGUGCGACUCCCCCAGCAAGCGGGCGUGUUCUGAGAGCACCGCCAACAGCCCCGACAUUUUGCUAAAGAGGUUACAGGAUGUCGUGUCAGAGAGGCAGAGCCACUGACGAAGCAGCUACCAUGAAAAAUGCGUGAGCACGCUAAUAUUGUUCAUCAAAGAGUCAAUGUUAACUUCUUAACAUGACUCCUAGCUAUAGCACUGAUGCUACCAUGCUAACGUUACUGGUCAUUACUGAGCUUACGCGCAUGACCAGUCACUGUGAAGCUAACGCUUGCUUGGUAAUAUAACUGGUCGUGACGGAGUUUUAACGCUAACUCCUUGCGGGACUGUAAACAUGGUAGUGUUAGCUGUUAAACUAGUCAAGACAGGGCUAAUGCUAACAUGACUACUCAUUACAACACUGACCUGCUCAAGUUAAACGUUACAUAGCUAAUUAUGUCACAUAAUCAGUUGCUGUACAUCUAAAGCUAGCAUACUAACAUGACUGGUUAUUACAGUUACAUGCUAAUGAUGCUUUUCAUUCUGAUGCUACAGCUAACUGUCAUUACCCAACUAAUGUUAACUCUGACACAACGGGUUUCUGUGGCGAUAAUGCUAACGUUUAAGUUGAAGUGGUAAUGUCUUUAUGAGACUUUGGAAAAUGACUUUAUAGUUCUACGUAAGUGUACGUAAGAGUGUACCGUUCUGUUGUUCCACUCGAGUCAAAGGACAACUAUGAGCCUGUAAUGCUAACUGUUAGCAUUCUACAAGGGUUUGUUUUUAUUUGUUUUGGCUGCCAAUCCAAGUUAUCACAUUGGCUAUGUCGCCAUGAGAAAUUUGUGAACUGUUUUUGAGAAGUUUUGAUCUUUUUGUGGUUUUUAAUUGGAAUUUGCUCGACUAUUUAAUGUAAUUGUGCGUGUGUGUGCGCGUGUGUAUCAUCUACACACGUUUGGCAAGCGUGUUGAACUUUUUCUUGAUCUUAUCUGUGUGUAACCAUGUAGGUUAACUUGUGAAAUUGAAAUGCAAUGUAAAAAACAACGUG